UAUUUUCUCGUGCACACGUAUACUGUUUAGUGCGCAAGUAUGCAAUUUCCAAUCUGACCGGUAUGUGUAGGAAACCGAACCGUUUGUAGCCAGGCAGCAUCUUUAACGGACAGAGAUAUAGACAUAGCUUCAAAAAGUGAUUAAAGUCGGUUAAAACUGAAUUCCGAAUCUAAACACAGUGUCAAGCAUAGUAUUUCAUUUGCUUGAGGUGUCCCUGUGCCCAAGUCAGCAUGGCAGAAGCUCACCAGGCUGUGGCUUUUCAGUUUACUGUCUCUCCUGAUGGAAUCGACUUGCAGUUGAGCCAUGAAGCUCUGCGCCAGGUCUACCUGUCAGGCCUCCACUCCUGGAAGAAGAAGUUCAUCCGCUUCAAGAAUGGCAUUAUGACUGGUGUAUACCCAGGCAGUGCCCCAGGACUGAUGUUGGUGCUUGCAGGAUACAUGGGAAGGGCAAAAUAUGCUCAAGUGGAUCCCUCCUUAGGUCUCUUCAGUAAAAUUGGCAAAUAUCUCCCAGUAAGUAAAUACAUGUCCAUGGAUAACCAGAGAAGAGUUGGGGGCAUUAUAUUGGGCACAGGGCUCUGGGUGGUCAUCAUAUUUUCCAUGAGAAGUGUGCUGAAGUGCCUGCUCUCCUGGCAUGGCUGGAUGGCUGAACGUCAUAGCUCGUUAACAUUGAAAUCACGCGCAUGGCUGUUCCUUGUGAAGAUUUUCUCUGGGAUGCAAACACCAAAUCUCUAUAGCUUCCAGACAUCGCUGCCUAAUCUACCCCUGCCCUCUGUGAAGAACACAAUGAAACAAUAUCUGGAGUCUGUGCGCCCUCUUCUGGACGAUGAGGAGUACAAAAAGAUGGAGGAACUCGCUUCAGAUUUUGAGAACACAUUGGCUCCCAAACUCCAGUGGUAUUUGAAGUUGAAGUCAUUGUGGGCGACCAAUUAUGUCAGCGAUUGGUGGGAGGAGUAUAUCUAUCUUAGAAGCCGUAACCCGAUUAUGGUCAAUAGCAACUAUUAUGCAAUGGACUUCCUUUAUCUUUUCCCCACACGUCAUCAGGCAGCGAGGGCUGGUAACGCCAUCCAUGCCAUCAUGCUCUAUCGGCGGAAGCUGGACCGAGCUCAGAUUAAACCUCUUUUGGUACAAAACACUAUUCCCAUGUGCUCAGCACAGUAUGAAUGCAUGUUCAACACCAGUCGCAUCCCAGGCAUAGAGACAGACACCCUCCAGCAUGUGUCAGACAGCAGGCAUAUUGUGGUAUACCACAAAGGGCGUUAUUUUAAGGUGAGCAUGUUUUACGAUGGACGUCUGCUCCUACCACGAGAGAUAGAACAACAGAUCGAGAGGAUCCUUGCUGACACUUCAGAGCCUCAGCCUGGAGAGGAGAAACUGGCUGCCCUAACUGCUGGAAACAGGGUGCCUUGGGCAUGUGCCCGUGAUGCCUACCUUAGACAGGGGAAGAACAGGCAAAGUCUCGAUGCUGUGGAGAAGGCGGCUUUCUUUGUCACACUGGACGACACAGAGCAGCGUCACGAUCCAGAAAACUCGGUUGAGUCUCUGCACAGGUUUGGUAAAUCCCUGCUGCAUGGCAAGUGCUAUGACAGGUGGUUUGAUAAGUCGUUCAACUUGAUCGUAUACAUGAAUGGAACAAUUGGCCUGAACGCAGAGCACAGCUGGGCUGAUGCCCCAAUCAUAGGCCACCUCUGGGAGCACGUGCUGUCAACUGAUGCCAUCAAGCUGGGUUACACAGAUGAUGGCCACUGUAAAGGACAGCCUCACCGCAACCUCCCUGGACCUCAAAGACUACAGUGGAACAUCCCUCCUGAGUGCCAAACCAUGAUCGCCAACUCCCUGUCCGAGGCUCAGGCCUUGGCUGAUGAUGUGGACAUGGUCAUUAUCCCUUUCCAAGAGUUUGGUAAAGGGAUGAUCAAGAAGUGCAAGACCAGCCCGGAUGCCUUCAUCCAGAUUGCCUUGCAACUCGCCCAUUUCAGGGACAAAGGGAAGUUCUGCUUGACCUAUGAGGCAUCCAUGACCCGACUUUACAGAGAGGGAAGGACUGAGACAGUGCGAUCGUGCACCAUUGAGACCUGUGCCUUUGUCAAAGCCAUGGUCAACAAUGAGACGAGAGAAAGGAAAGUGAGUUUGCUGAAGCAGGCAGCAGGGAAGCACCAACAGAUGUACCGAAUGGCUAUGACUGGGAAAGGCAUCGACCGCCAUCUCUUCUGCCUCUAUGUCGUGUCUCAGUAUUUGCAGCAGGAGUCUCCCUUCCUCAAAAAGGUGCUGUCUGAGCCGUGGCGGUUGUCCACCAGUCAGACGCCUGUGCAGCAACCGGAGCUGUUUGAUCUGGUGAAGCAUCCUGAGAAUGUUUCCAGCGGUGGUGGUUUUGGCCCGGUGGCUGAUGAUGGUUAUGGAGUCGCUUAUAUUAUCGUCGGAGAGGGCCUCAUUAACUUCCAUAUCUCCUGCAAGUUCUCCAGCCCAGAAACGGAUGCUCGACGCUUUGGCAGGAACAUCAGACAGGCGAUGCUCGACAUGCUGGAACUGUUCCAGCUGGAACAGAGGGCGCUGAAGUGAUAAGGCGAUGUGUCACUUACCUAAUGAAUUAUGUGUUCUUCCUGUGUUGUUCAAAAAAUUUGGCAUAUGCUUUUGACUUCUAAGUGGAGAGAUUUAAAAUUGUUGAUUGAUGUGAAUAAGAUGUGUGGUUUAAAAAAAGAGAAUAAGCAGACUAAGUGGGUGAGUGUGUGUUGGUUCAGUAGCAUUAAAAUUCAGCCAUGUCAUUAAUAAGCAUUGGAAACUGAACAGCUGAAGUCAGACAAUAUAAAGACCAAGCAGUAGCCAUUUCAAAUAAAACAAAUUAAUUGAUGCAUUAAGAGUAAUUUAAGAAUUUAGGAAGGGAAUGAGCUCAUGCUUAACACUCUCACAUUCAGCUUGGAAAGGUGUACUGAGCUCUGAAACCACACCGUCGAACAGUCUGCUGACAUUUCAACUUGCAUUUCGGUGGACAAACUAACCAGCUAAGCAUAGGUCAGUGAGGAAGCAGUUCUUUUUACCUUGGCUAACCCCUCACUGUGGUUAAUGGCAUCAUUGUGGUAAAGCUUACUCAAAGUGAUUUCAGUGGAAUUGGACGUUGUUGGCUCUCCAGCUGACCGUUUUCUUGCACACAUCUUACAUUACUGAGUCAUGCUGAAGCAUGUAUUAUUGUAAUAUAUUAAAUAUUAUACAGUUGUGAGCAUUACAUAUUUGGACUAAAGGAACUGGAGUUGAAGUAGGCUUGAAUUAAUUUUUGGUUUAUUGUUUACAAAAACAAACAAACAGGAAGUGGUGUCAGUCUCAUGACUUGCCUCAAUAUGAAAGGGUCCUAGAACAUACCUGUUAAGAUUCACUUAUUUUUAUGUUAGAGUUAAUUGUUUCAGUUUGCUUUGUUAAUGUACAUUUAUUUUUAUUAUAUUAUGUCUUUUUGGUAAAAUAAUUGUAGAUUUUGAAAAGAUCUAAAUCAGUUAUUUGUGGUUUUGUUUGUUUGUUUUUAUGUAGUUUAAUGCUUGAAUUUAACAAAUGUCACAAACUAAGAACGACCAGAAUGCUCAUCUGCUAAAGUAUAUAAAAAUAUGAAGUGUCCCUUAUUAUAAAAUAAAAGGCAAAAUA